AAUAAGUUAAAAAUUAACUUCCAAUGGCACACAAUACACCAUCUGAUUCUGAUAAUGAAAUUAUCACAACAAGGCCAAAACUCUUUGAACAUGAAAAAUCCAUACAUGAAAUUCUUGGAGGAGGAAAAGUGGCAGAUAUAUUAUUAUGGAGGAACACAAAUGUAUCAGCUGCAAUUUUUGUUGGAGUGACAGUGAUGUGGUUUCUAUUUGAGAUUGUUGAGUACAAUUUGGUGCCUCUCAUUUGUCAUAUUUCCAUUACCAUCAUGCUUGUACUAUACAUAUGGUCCAUUCUUGCAGAUAUAUUAAAAUGGAAAGGACCACAAAUACCAGAAAUUGUUUUACAAGAGUCUUUCUUCAAUGAUCUUGCUUCUAUCCUCUACACAAGAUUUAACCAAUUGUUAAAAAUGCUUCUCUACAUUUCAUGUGGAAUAGACCUACCUCUCUUUCUUCUGAACAUUGGUUCACUCUAUAUAGUUUCAGUGAUUGGAAGCUACUUCAGCUUUGUUAAUCUAAUAUAUAUUGGUUUUCUCUCCAUUCAAACAUUGCCAUUUUUGUUCGAUCGAUACGAUGAAGAAAUUAACAAUUUGUUUGGAGAUGUCACAUUCAUACUCAAGAAAAAUUAUAGAAAAUUUGACAAGAAUUAUAUCAAAAAAAUUCCUAGAGGACCAAUGAAGGCAAAAAAAAAUCAAUAGUUUACUAGAAAACAAAGUUGAGAGAAUGUAACAUUUUUAUCUAUGUUAUAAUGCAUGUCAAUGUGUGAUAUUAAGGUAUUUACUUGGAAUAAGCAUGUGAGGAGUAACUUUAUUUUAUACAACUUAAUUUUAAUUA